AUGAAGAGGGAAUGGAGGAGGGUGUCGUCUUUCCACCUUGCAGACAAGGUGGAUCAUUGGGAGGAAAGUAUUGUUAGAUCGGUCCAUUGGAGCGGUCCAGCCAGUCCGAUGGGACUGGAUUACAUGAACAGAGGCGGACUUUUCCGCCUCAUGUACACGCCGAACGCACGCCCAGAAAAUAUCAUGGUGAUGAUAUGGGUUGCUGAUUUUGGUUUCAUCAUGAUGAUGCUUGCAGAAGUUUUUGCAAAGGAUGGCUUGUCCUUUCUUGCAAGUUGUCAGAAUCUUGUCUCUCGACCCUGGGUUAUUGAUGACUUGGAUUCGUUUAAAACCAAUUGGGCUAAGAAGUCCUGGAAAAAGGCCAUUAUAUUUGUUGAUAAUUCUGGGGCAGAUAUUGUUUUAGGCAUAUUGCCAUUUGCGAGAGAGUUGCUUAAACGUGGUACACAGGUCGUUCUUGCUGCUAAUGACUUACCCUCAAUCAAUGAUGUAACAUAUCCUGAGUUGGUAGAGAUUAUUUCAAAGCUGAAGGAUGAAAAAGGUCAGCUUGUUGGUGUAGAUGCAUCUGGUCUCCUAGUUGCUAAUUCUGGAAAUGAUUUGCCUGUUAUUGAUCUUGCAAAUGUUUCACCAGAGCUGGCAUAUCUGGCGAGUGAUGCUGACCUGGUUGUAUUGGAGGGAAUGGGACGAUCAAUAGAGACAAAUCUGUAUGCUCAAAUGAAAUGUGAUUCAGUGAAGAUUGGAAUGGUAGUUAUUGCAGUAUUACUCAUAGAAUGAACAGCUCUUGGUUCUCUGACAUUUUUUUUCUUAAUUUUAUUUGUUGCA